GGCGGCGCGGGCCCGCUCGGGCCCGGGCCCUGACUCCAGCUGUUCAGUCUUCGUCGCAGGCCCUUCUGAUUUUACGGCGGGCAGCGGCGCCUGGGCAGAAGCGGAGUUUAUUAAUAACCCGCGGCCGCCACUCUGGGGCGGCGGAGCUUUUCUUACCGAAGACACCCCCCCCAACUCUCGCCUUUGCUCAGUGCCCCGCCUGUUCCCCUCAGGGGACCGCGGAGGAGAGGGACGGGAGGGUGGAGCCCUCGGGAGUCUGGCGGCGCCUCUCGUCUUGACCUCCUUGCGGAGCGAGUCCCCAGGCGCUCCCGUGGUGAAGCUCCUCCGUCUGGGACGGCGGGCCGUGGCCUGUACCAGGCCCCAGCUGUGGCGCCGGCGGCAGGACUGGCCGUGGGCCCGCUUGGACCCCGCCUGAAGAACGCACCUAGAAUUUCCUCCCACCCAUAUCGUGCACUGAUUACUCUUUUCUCUCACUUAAAAAAAAUUUUUAAGUCAUUUGAGGUCUAACAUCAAAUAUUUAGAAAUUGUUAAUUUUGUCAUUUCUCCUUUUUUGGGGGGUCGGUUUUGGCCAAAGAAAACGAUUUCUUCGGUUGCUUUGUAGAAUGUGAACCGCUUUUUAUCCCCUCCUAUUUUUUUUUUUAACAAUAAAGUGACCACACUAACGAAGUUAAGAAAGAGUACCGUUGCUAAACCCAUUAUUUGUUUAAAAUCAACUUAAGCCUUUGCUUUGGAAGUGUCUAAUCAGCUGGUAUAAUUAUGGUGGGAUAUGGUGAAAAAUUGGAGGUUGGAGGUUGUGGUCAGCUUUGUCCUGAGUCUUACUAGAAGAUACGUGGGUUUUUCUGUAGUUGACAAAAAUCUGUGCAGUACUUAAUAUUUUCUCUCCCUGAGGAUAUAGUUCAUUGUUAAGUGUUUAGUGAGAGAAUAGGUGAUAAGGAGAUCAUGCAAAAACUGAUGAGAUGAUCAGAUCUGUAAAUAAGGUAAAAAAUGUUGUUAGCCCAAAUAAAUCGAGACUCUCAGGGAAUGACAGAGUUUCCUGGAGGAGGAAUGGAGGCUCAGCAUGUUACCCUGUGUCUGACAGAGGCAGUAACUGUGGCAGAUGGUGACAAUUUAGAAAACAUGGAAGGUGUAAGCUUGCAAGCAGUAACACUUGCAGAUGGUUCUACUGCUUAUAUACAACAUAAUUCUAAAGAUGGAAAACUUAUAGAUGGCCAGGUCAUUCAGUUGGAAGAUGGUUCUGCUGCCUAUGUUCAACAUGUACCCAUUCCUAAAACUACAGGGGACAGUUUACGUCUAGAGGAUGGUCAAGCAGUGCAGUUAGAAGAUGGAACUACAGCAUUUAUUCACCAUGCCUCCAAAGAUAGUUAUGACCAGAGCGCAUUACAGGCAGUUCAGCUGGAAGAUGGCACCACAGCUUACAUCCACCACGCAGUGCAAGUCCCACAGUCCGAUACCAUCCUAGCAAUUCAGGCUGAUGGUACAGUGGCAGGUUUGCACACUGGGGAUGCCACAAUUGACCCUGAAACUAUCAGUGCUUUGGAACAGUAUGCAGCAAAGGUGUCCAUCGAUGGAAGUGAAAGUAUAACAGGUACUGGAAUGAUUGGAGAGAAUGAGCAAGAGAAAAAAAUGCAGAUUGUCUUACAAGGACAUGCAACAAGAGUAACUGCUAAAUCCCAACAGAGUGGAGAGAAGGCAUUUCGAUGUGAAUAUGAUGGAUGUGGAAAAUUAUAUACAACAGCUCAUCAUCUUAAGGUUCACGAGAGGUCACACACAGGAGACCGGCCCUAUCAGUGUGAGCAUCCAGGCUGUGGGAAAGCAUUUGCAACAGGUUAUGGAUUAAAAAGUCAUGUCAGAACCCAUACAGGAGAAAAGCCAUAUCGGUGUUCAGAAGAUAAUUGUACUAAGUCCUUCAAAACUUCAGGAGAUCUACAGAAACAUAUCAGAACUCAUACAGGAGAAAGGCCUUUUAAAUGUCACUUUGAAGGCUGCGGUCGGUCUUUUACAACAUCAAAUAUCAGAAAAGUGCAUAUUAGGACACACACAGGAGAAAGACCAUAUUACUGUACAGAACCAGGUUGUGGAAGGGCAUUUGCCAGUGCCACCAAUUAUAAAAACCAUGUGAGGAUACACACGGGGGAAAAGCCAUAUGUUUGCACAGUCCCUGGGUGUGACAAAAGGUUUACAGAAUAUUCCAGUUUGUAUAAACAUCAUGUUGUUCACACUCACUCGAAACCAUACAACUGUAACCACUGUGGAAAGACAUAUAAGCAGAUCUCCACCCUGGCCAUGCACAAACGGACCGCCCACAAUGACACUGAGCCAAUCGAGGAGGAGCAGGAAGCCUUUUUCGAGCCUCCCCCAGGUCAAGGUGAAGAUGUUCUUAAAGGGCCCCAGAUCACAUAUGUUACAGGUGUAGAAGGGGAUGAUGUUGUGUCUACACAAGUAGCCACAGUAACACAAUCUGGGUUGAGUCAACAGGUUACACUCAUAUCCCAGGACGGGACUCAGCAUGUCAACAUAUCUCAGACCGAUAUGCAAGCCAUAGGCAAUACCAUCACAAUGGUAACGCAAGAUGGCACGCCUAUCACAGUCCCUGCCCAUGAUGCAGUCAUCUCCUCAGCAGGAACACACUCUGUUGCUAUGGUAACUGCUGAGGGCACAGAAGGGCAGCAGGUUGCAAUUGUGGCUCAGGACUUAGCAGCAUUCCAUACUGCGUCAUCAGAAAUGGGGCACCAACAGCACAGCCAUCAUCUAGUAACCACAGAAACCAGACCUCUGACCUUAGUGGCGACAUCCAAUGGCACCCAGAUUGCAGUUCAGCCCUAUUUUACAGUGGGCAAUGUCAGAAGACUAAGAAGAAACCAUCCUCUGGGGAGUCAGUGGAUUCGAGCAGAGAAUCCAGAAUCCUAGCUUGGAGAGCAGCCAUCUCUGGAAGAAGCCAUCAGAAUAGCAUCCAGGAUCCAACAAGGAGAAACGCCGGGGUUGGAUGAUUAGUCCUGAGAGCAGUAAAGCACGAGGAGCCUUUCAUCUUCAGGCAGCAGAGAUCCAUGAAGGCCGGGGCCCCGGAAACAUGAGACAUUUUCCAUUCCUGAAACACUGUACACAUUUUUAUGCAAGAGUGGAGAACAUUUUAUGCUUGACACUUUUGUGUAUAUAAUCCUUGAAAUAGAUUCCCAAAUUGAUUCAUUGUGUACAAGGAAGUAUGAAAUUAGGGCAAUACCGUAAAUUUUCACGUUAUUCUUUUAUCACACUGCAAACUCCUAGAGUCUUUAUGCAAGACCAGUGAAGUCUUACAGAGUCUUAUGAUGGAUUUUUAACUUACUGUGAAAAAAAGUCAAAUAAAAGCUAUGCCUAAAAUGUCAAAGGUUCUAUAUGUCACACGAUCACAAUUCCAAAAGCCAUCAUGGGUAAUGAAAAUAAAGGAUAUAAAGCCUUCAAAUA